CUCCGUGGCGGGGGCGGCGGCUUGUGCCCCACCCCAACCCCUCCUGGACCGCGGCAAAAGCGGUCGGCCGACCUGCGGCACCUAGAUCUCUGAGGGAUGAAUUUGGCUGAGAUUUGUGACAAUGCAAAGAAAGGGAGAGAAUAUGCACUGCUUGGAAAUUAUGACUCAUCCAUGGUAUAUUACCAGGGGGUGAUACAGCAGAUUCAGAGACAUUGCCAGUCAGUCAGAGACCCGGCGGUCAAAGGCAGAUGGCAGCAGGUUCGGCAGGAAUUAUUGGAAGAAUAUGAACAAGUUAAAAGUAUUGUCAGUACUUUGGAAAGUUUUAAAAUCGACAGGCCCCCAGAUUUCCCUGUGUCCUGUCAAGAUGAACCGUUUAGAGAUCCUGCUGUGUGGCCGCCCCCCGUACCUGCAGAACACAGAGCUCCACCUCAGAUAAGGCGUCCCAAUCGAGAAGUAAGACCUCUGAGGAAAGAGAUGCCAGGAGGCGGCGCCCGGGGACCCGUAGGCCGAGCACAUCCCAUAUCUAAGAGCGAGAAGCCCUCCACCAGCAGGGACAAGGACUGCAGAGCCAGAGGGAGAGAUGACAAGGGAAGGAAAAAUAUGCAAGAUGGUACAAGUGAUGGUGAAAUUCCAAAAUUUGAUGGUGCCGCAUAUGAUAAGGACCUGGUAGAAGCCCUUGAGAGAGACAUCGUCUCCAGGAACCCAAGUGUUCACUGGGAUGACAUAGCAGAUCUGGAAGAAGCUAAGAAGUUGCUGAGGGAAGCUGUCGUCCUUCCCAUGUGGAUGCCUGACUUUUUCAAAGGGAUUAGAAGGCCGUGGAAGGGAGUGCUGAUGGUUGGGCCCCCGGGCACUGGUAAGACCAUGCUGGCUAAAGCCGUGGCCACUGAGUGCGGCACGACCUUCUUCAACGUCUCCUCCUCCACGCUGACGUCGAAAUAUAGAGGCGAGUCUGAGAAGCUGGUUCGUCUGUUGUUUGAAAUGGCUAGGUUUUACGCCCCGACCACGAUCUUCAUCGAUGAGAUAGAUUCUAUCUGCAGUCGAAGAGGAACCUCUGAUGAACAUGAGGCAAGUCGCAGAGUCAAGUCUGAGCUGCUCAUUCAGAUGGAUGGAGUCGGAGGGGCUUUGGAGAAUGAUGAUCCUUCCAAAAUGGUCAUGGUAUUGGCUGCCACUAAUUUCCCAUGGGACAUUGAUGAAGCAUUGCGGAGGAGAUUAGAAAAAAGGAUAUAUAUACCUCUGCCAACAGCAAAAGGAAGAACUGAGCUUCUGAAAAUCAAUCUUCGUGAAGUUGAGCUGGAUCCAGAUAUUCAACUGGAAGAUAUAGCAGAGAAAAUUGAGGGGUACUCUGGUGCUGAUAUAACUAACGUUUGCAGGGAUGCAUCCUUAAUGGCCAUGAGACGGAGAAUCAAUGGUCUCAGCCCAGAAGAGAUCCGUGCCCUCUCUAAAGAGGAGCUUCAGAUGCCUGUGACCAGAGGAGACUUUGAGCUGGCUCUUAGGAAAAUCGCAAAGUCUGUCUCUGCAGCAGACUUAGAGAAAUACGAAAAGUGGAUGGCAGAAUUUGGAUCUGCUUGAGUUUCUGUCAGCUCUUUCAUUUCUGGUAUUUUUGUCUAUAAAAUGUGAAGAAAUUCCAGCAAUUUUUUUUUAAAAACAGGUUUAGAACUUUUCAAAGGAAAACAAUUUAAAACCACAAAGAGUACACAUGUAGAUGAGAAAUAAGAAAAGCCUACAUAGAGAGCCUGACAUUCACAUAUCCAUGCGUUACUAUUGCACACCCACACCAGAGUAUGGAGGGCUGAAGAAAGUGACCCAUGUGCUGUUAUAGAAACUUGUUUGCAGAACAUCUAGAAGAAACUGUUUCUGACUUUGCAUUUUUUUUUUUCCUCUUCUUUGCUCUGAACAUGAAGGACCUGUUUCUGUUGACUUUUAGCAUCAAAACUGGGUUUGUGUCAGAUCUGUUCCUUGUUGUGAAGAGUGAUAGUUUUGGAAUAAAUAAUGAAUCUGCUAGUUAAACCUUCAGCAUUCAGCCAGUACUGUUAGAGGCUGUUACACCGUUUGAAUGUUUACCUUCCCUUCCCUCACCAUUUCCUCUACUAGCUAUUUAAUCACUUAUUGAGCUUUGUGGGGGUGUAUAGCUUCAUGCUUUGUGGUUUUUGAAUCAUCUUGCCAGGUGGCUCCUCUGGUCUGGAGUAUUUUUGCUGGCAGUACUUCAUAUUGGAAGGGCGGGAAAAGUAUCAUGUUUGCAUAAGACCUUCCUCUUCGUUCUAGA